UAAAUUUAGGGGUCAAACGGCGAGAUUAGAGUUUCUGCAAUUUCAUUGGUCCAGAUUAUUAGUAUGAUUCUAUGAAAAUCUCCCUUGUCACAUAUCUCUCUGCAUGUAUAUAAUGAAUACGCAUAAUGUGUAUGAAAAGUUUAAAGAUUUGAGCUGCUAAUGGGAGGAUAUGAUUGUUUGGGGAUAUCCUGUUGUGUUGGUUUUGUAAAAGGAAAGAAGAAGCUACAUAGGAUAACAAGUAUGUCUGAGGAGGACGGUAAGCUUAUCAGUGAACCUGCGGUCUGGCAGUUCAGUGCAAAUGGAGUUUGUAUAAAAGCUGAUACAAUUGAGGAAAAGCUUGAUGCGGGAAAUGUUGAAGAUUCAGAAUCUAGUUUGUGUGAGAAGUUGAUGAUAAGUUCCGAGGAAGCCAAAAUUCUUCUAGGAAGACUGCAAUAUCAGAGAGGAAAAGUUGAAAGUGCUCUCCGUAUUAUAAAUGGUGCUGAUCUUCAAGCUGCUAUCCAGAAAAUACCACCCACUGAGAAACAACCACCUAAGAAGGGCCGUCCUCGCAGUGAAUCUGGACCGUCACAGCAUCCGGCUACUCUGCUGCUUGAAGGCAGAUAUAUAAAAGCCAAGUGUCUUCAAAAGCUAGGGAAAACAAGGGAAUCUGCUCAAGAAUGUGGAAGUUUGCUUGAUGCUGUAGAAAAAAUAUUCCCUCAAGGAGUACCUGAUACACUAAUUGAUAGUAAGUUGCAAGAGACAAUCAGUCAUGCUGCAGAGCUUCUGCCACAGCUAUCGAAGCUUUGUGAUAGUUUUUCUGAAACAAUAACUGCUUAUCGACGUGCUUUAGUUAAUCAGUUGAAUCUUGAGAAUGGCUGCUGUGCAAGGAUCCAGAAAGAUUUUGCAGUACUCUUACUGUACUGUGGCGUGGAUGUUACCCCACCAACUGCAGAUUCAACAACGGAUGGUCCAUACGUGCCUCGGAACAGUUUUGAAGAAGCUAUAUUACUUUUGAUGCUAGCUAUGAGAAAUUUUCAACUCAGUAAGGCUCGUUGGGAUCCUUCCGUUAUUGAACACCUUACAUAUGCUCUAUCUCUAUGCAGCCAGACGUCUGUUCUAGCAAAACAACUUGAAGAGAUCAUGCCUGGGCUAUUACAUCGUGUUGAACGCUGGAAAUUGUUGUCUCUUUGCUUUGGUGGAUCAGGGCAUAAUGAAACUGCCAUAAAUCUGUUAAGAAAAUGUUUGCAUAAACAUGAAAAUCCAGAUGACAUUGUAUCAUUGUUAUUGGCAGCGAAGAUCUGCAGUGAAGACAACCUUCUUGCUGCUGAGGGAGUGGGAUAUGCUCGUAGAGCGAUUGACAAUGCUCAUGGUUUAAACAAGUAUCUGGAGGGUGUUAGUCUUCGCGUUUUAAGUCUUUGUUUAGCAAAACAGUCUAAAGUUUCUUUGUCAGACUAUGAGAGAUCACGUCUGCAGUCUGAAGCUUUGAAAUCAUUAGACAAGGCAGUUACUUUAGACCCCAAUAACUCAGAGCUGAUUUUUGAUUUAGGUGUUCAAUAUGCAGAACACAGAAAUUUAAAUGCAGCUCUGCAUUAUGCCAAGAAGUACGUUGACAUAACUGGAGGAUCCAUAUUAAAGGGUUGGAGAUUACUUGUUUUAGUUUUGUCUGCUCAGCAAAGAUUUUCAGAAGCUCAAGUUGUCACAGAUGCAGCCUUAGAUGAAACAGCAAAGUGGGAUCAAGGAACACUCCUAAGGAUGAAAGCAAAGCUUAAAACUGCACAGUCUCUACACAAGGAUGCGAUUGAAAGUUAUAGCUAUCUCCUUGCAUUAGUUCAAGCUCAGAAGAAAUCUCAGGCGCCUCUCCGCAAUACUUCUCAGGACGAGGGAAGUAUGGUUAAUGAGUAUGACGUUUGGCAUGGUCUUUCAACUUUGUACGCCAGCCUUUUCCAGUGGAAGGAUGCAGAGGUAUGCUUAGGAAAAGCUAAAGAGCUUGUUGAGUAUUCUGCAGAAACCCUGUAUGCAGAAGGUAUUAUGUGCGAGACGCGUGGAGAAGUUACUGAAGCUUUGGCUGCUUAUGUCAAUGCUCUUAUGAUAGAACCCUGUAAUGUACCUUGCAAGAUCUUGCUUGGUGCUCUAUUACCUAAGAUGGGCACAAAAUGGUUGGCCUCUGCAAGAACCAUACUCUCUGAUGCUCUGAGGAUCGAGCCAACUAACCGUAUGGCCUGGUACCAAUUGGCAUUGGUACAUAGAGAUGAUGGUCGACUAGCGGAUGCUGCAGAGUGCUUCCAGGCUGCCACAAUGCUUGAAGAAUCUGAUCCCAUUGAAAGCUUUAGCUCCGUUCUUUAAAUGAACGCAACAAUUUUGUUAUGAAUUAUUAAAAUGAGAUUCUGGGAGAUCAUUUCUUGAGGAUGGUCUCGGGAUCACUUCAUAUACAGAUUUUGCAUUAUUAGGAAAUGAUAUGUGUUCAUGUAUCUCAGUGCUAUUUGUAAGCCAGAGGCAGUAUUCUAAAAAUUCCAGAUUUCUUUU